AUGGAGAUGGAUAGUAGAGAACAGCAGGAUUUUGAUAUGAUUAAGAAGCGGUUGAAGGAGGCUUUCACAGACAAUGAGUUUAUGGCAUAUUGUAAGCUGCGCGAAUCGCGAUGGACAGGGGAACCAGUGGAUGUAUUCGCAAAUGAACUGAGGAGGCUGGGAAGGACAUGUGGGCUGGAGGGGGCCGGGCUUGAUAAAGUCGUUCAGUUGGCUUUCGUGACAGGGUUUCCUGGGAGCGUGUCAGUGGAACUUCAGCAGAUAAUGGGGGUUCAAACAACGAUUGGUAUGUCUGAGCUGGUUGGGAGAGCAAGGAUACUCACGGUCAACAAGGGCGGAGUGGGCAUGGCUGCACCUGCCUUGUCAGUGGGAAAGGACUCAGAAUCUGGACUGAAGUAUCAUUGGAUAGAAGGGAAGGCUCCGGUAUUGAAGAAUAAGGUGAGCCGUUACAACCAUGAAAUGAGCGCGGAGAAGGUUGCUAGCUUUGAGCAGGAGGUGGAGAAAUGGAUAAACGAGGGAAUAUUGAUGCCUUGGGACGAAGAGGUCGAUGAAGGGAUUAUUCCGCUGAUGGCGGUUGAUCAAGUCAACAAAAACAAGGUGAGGCCUGUGCUUGACUUUAGAGUGUUGAACGAAGCAGUGGAGUGCCACACAGGCGACGAUCUCAUAGACGUGUGCGAUGAUGUGUUAGGACAGUGGAGGCGGGUGGAGGGCGACACUGAGAUAGUUGAUCUGAAGGCAGCAUACCUACAACUACAUGUCAGUCGGGAAUUAUGGAAGUAUCAACUGGUGAGGUUCAAAGGAAAGACCUACUGCCUGACGUGGUUAGGUUUUGGGCUGAACUGUGCGCCGCGAAUAAUGACGAAAGUGUUGAAGACCGUGCUGGAGCAGAGGGAUGAUAUUCGAUGUUCCACAAGUUCAUAUAUUGAUGACAUUUUGGUGAAUGUGUCCCAAGUCAGCUCAGAGGAUGUUAUUUCGCACUUGAGGAGGUAUGGGCUUGUUGCCAAACCGGCAGAGAAGUUGGAAGGUGGAACUGCGCUGGGGUUGAAGCUUUUUAGGGGUCCAGCGGGCAGGUUGUGGUUUGGACGAAGCGGGGAGUUACCAAGGGUGAAUCGUCGACUGACGAAACGAGAGUUGUUUUCACUGUGUGGGAAGCUCACUGCACAUUAUCCUAUUGCGGGAUGGCUAAAGUUGGCAUACAGUUACGUGAAACGCCAUUCAGGGGGAGAGAAAUGGGACAGCUAUAUUUGUGAGAGGGCUCAGGUAAUGGUGGAGGAGAUUGUAGCGCGUGUUGGAAAAGAUGAUCCGGUCAGGGGAGAACAUCCCACUGAUGGCACCGUCUGGUGUGAUACGAGUGACUUAUGCGAAGGCGUAAUCCUAGAGAUAGACGGAGUGGUGGCUGAGGAUGUGGCCUGGAUGAGAAAGCCAGAUGAUUAUCACCAUAUAAACGUGGCAGAAUUGGCUGCGGUACUGAACGGUGUGAACUUAGGGGUGAAAUGGGGGCUUAAAGAUAUGCUUAUUAUGACAGGUUCGGUUACUGUGGGCCGAUGGAUCGAUUUGACCUUGUCAGAAGAAAGGCGAGUCAAGACUGCGGGUGCAGCAGAGAUCUUGGUGAAGCGCAGGUUGGCAGUACUGAAGGAGAUGGUUGAAGAACUGGGACUAACAAUCCGGGUACAGAUCAUAGGGUCGAAAGGCAACAAGGCGGAUGCGAUGACCAGGGUUAGGAAGGAGUGGAAGGAAUGGGCCAAAGUCGACAGAUUGGGUUGUGGGGCGGUUGUUUUUUCUGCAAAGGAACUUCACGAUCAGCAUCACUUUGGAGUGGAAAGGUCAUGGUAUCUGGCACGACAGGUGGACCCAAGCAUCACGAAAGAUCAGAUGAAGGAUGUGGUGAGGGGUUGUGAGAAAUGUCAGUCCAUCGAUCCCGCACCGGUCGGACACACGGUUGGGGAGCUGAGCAUAGAUAGAAAUUGGGAACGUUUGGCAAUUGACGUUACCCAUUAUUGCGGCGUGCCGUAUUUGUCAAUGGUGGAUUGCGGCCCAGGUAGAUUCGCGAUCUGGCGACGGCUGAGAAAUGAGCAAACGGAGCAAAUUAUUUCUGAAUUGAGGCAGGUGUUUUACGAGCGAGGCCCAGUCACUGAAGUGCUGAUGGACAACGCGGCAGCCUUUAGAUCGACGGCUUUUAUGGAUUUCCUUGCAGGAUGGAACGUGGGGCCUUUCUUCAGAGCGGCCUAUCGACCGGGGGGGAAUGGAAUAGAGGAAAGGAAUCAUCGGACUAUCAAAGCGAUAGCGGAGCGAGGAAACAUGUCGCCGGUGGAUGCAGUAUUUUAUUACAAUUGUUCACCGAGGUAUAGACAAGAGGAGACCUCUGUGCCUCAAAGGUCGGUCUUGAGAUAUGAAUGGAGACUACCAAUAGUUGUUCCGGUGGAACACGAGGGAGAGUCAUCGACUACAGUAACAGUGGGUGAUGAGGUGAGGGUUAAACCACCUGAUGCCAAGUGCACAACUCAAUGGGAUCGGGGAGUUGUGACCAAGAUCAAUUCCACGAAUAAUGUCGAAGUGGACCAUAUGCCUCGGCAUAUACAGGAUGUGAGGGUCGCCGGAGAUCGCGACCAGCAUGUGGCAGUCCACGAGGAGGCUCAGGAGGUGCAACCACGGGCAGAAGUCGGACGUCGGUAUCCUCAGCGACACAGGCGGGAGCCAGCGUGGCAUGGUGAUUAUGAGAUGUAG